UUGAAUCAGUGCCAGACCCAUAUCAAGACCCACCACACCUUCAUCCCUCAUUGUCUCGUUGUCUCUAUCCCGUGGUUUCAUCCAGUACUGCAGCAAGAAAUCUAAUCCUUCUUGUUCGUUUGGGAAGAUCUCACCCUAGUAACUCAAAAAGUGUUUCUGCUCGUGCACGAGUAAUAAAUAUAACCAUUAACUCUCAGAUCUUCAGCGGGAUUUGUUCCACUACUCGAGGGAGAAAAUCACACAUCACAUGUGCAGAUUGAGGUCUGUGUAACUGCUUUAAUGGCUGGCAGAAUUAGGUUAUAACACUUUGUGCUCUGGUCUAUGGAAAUAGUCCGGUCAGAUCCACUUCCACAGUGAAUCAGUGCGCAACGAGGGCGCGUGCAGCAGCAGGGGCGGCUGUCAGUCCUUGCCAUCCCUCCCAUUGGCUGCUGCAGGAUGCUGCCUGUUUCCUUGAUCCUCACAUGCAAGUGGAGCAGACGGAGGUUUGCAAUGGAGCGAGGGAGGAAACCUUCACCUGUAGAUAUUUGACAGCAUCCUGCGUAAAUCCACAGCACUUUUUCCAACUGCAGCUGUGCGCGUUGGACCCUGCUUCGCUGCACAAUCGCUGGAAAAUAACUUUAUUGUUUCGUUGGUUUUUUUUGCGGGCGUCUGUCGCCCCGUGCUCCGGUUAGACGGGAUCCUGCAGGCUGUAUGGAGGGAUGUCGGCAUGGCUUGCACCAGGAGAACCAAAACUUUGGUGUCCACAUGCGUGAUCCUGAGCGGCAUGACCAACAUAGUGUGCCUGCUCUAUGUCGGAUGGGUUACUAACUACAUCGCCAACAUUUACAUCAAAGUUCCCAUGCCUUUACCGGAGAGAAAGUUAGAGGGGGACAAAAGAGGAGACACGCUCCGGAUCAUGGAGAGACUUGACCGGCUGGAGACCGUGGUCAACCGGCACAUACAAGAGACUCCAGGGAGGGGAGAGGACGGUCAGGCAGACACAUCAUUCUCAGACUCGUCUCUGUUCGCUCACUGGGGUCAGGAGCUUGGGCCGGAAAACCGGCGAGUGGCACUGAAGAUGUUCCAGUACUAUGGAUACAACGGCUACCUCAGCGAUCGUCUCCCUCUGGACAGGCCGAUACCAGACCUCAGGCCUGAUGGGUGCAGAAAUGCCAGUUAUCCUUUAAACCUCCCUCAAGUUAGCAUUGUGUUCAUCUUUGUGAAUGAAGCCUUGUCCGUCAUCCUGCGGUCCAUCCACUCUGCCAUCAAGAGAACACCCUCCAACCUUCUCAAAGAGAUAAUUCUGGUGGACGACAACAGCAAUAACAACGACCUGAAGGAAAAGCUGCAGGAUUUCGUGUCGGAGACCAACAGCCAACGUCCAGGAUUUAUUAAGAUGGUUCGACAUACCAAGCAGGAAGGGCUGAUCCGGUCCAGAGUGAGCGGGUGGAGGGCUGCCACUGCCCCAGUUGUUGCCCUGUUUGAUGCCCACGUCGAGUUCAAUGUUGGCUGGGCCGAGCCGAUCCUGGAGAGAAUUAAAGAGGACAGAACCCGAAUAAUCUCCCCAUCAUUUGACAACAUCAAGUACGACACAUUUGAGAUUGAGGAGUAUCCGCUGUCAGCUCACGGCUUCGACUGGGAGCUGUGGUGUCGCUAUCUCAACCCACCCAAAAUCUGGUGGCACAAGAGUAACAAGAGUGCACCCAUCCAGAGCCCGGCCCUGAUUGGCUGCUUCGUGGUUGAUAGGCUGUACUUCGAGGAGAUUGGCCUGCUGGACGAGGGGAUGGAGGUGUACGGGGGUGAAAAUGUGGAGCUGGGCAUCAGGGUGUGGCAGUGUGGCGGCAGUGUUGAGGUCCUGCCUUGUGCCCGGAUUGCCCACAUAGAGCGCGCUCACAAACCCUACACCGAGGACCUGACGUCUCACGUGAGGAGGAAUGCCCUCAGAGUGGCGGAAGUGUGGAUGGAUGAGUUUAAAAGCCACGUGUACAUGGCCUGGAAUAUUCCCAUGGAGGAUUCCGGGAUUGAUAUUGGUGACAUCAGUGAGAGGAAAGCUCUGAGGAAGAGGCUGCAGUGUAAAACUUUCCGAUGGUACCUGGUCAACAUCUACCCCGAGAUGAGGAUGUACAGCGAAACCAUAGCGUACGGAGUGCUGAAAAACUCCCUGAAGAUUGAUCUGUGUCUGGACCAGGGGCCCGACAAUGACAAUGUGCCCAUCCUGUACCUCUGUCACGGGAUGACCCCUCAGAAUGUGUACUACACCAGUACUCAGCAGCUCCACAUCGGGCUACUCAGUCCCACCGUCGACGACGACGACAACAAGUGCCUGGUGGACGUGAACAGCAGACCACGCCUCAUCGAGUGCAGCUACGCCACAGCCAAACGCAUGAAGCUCCACUGGCUUUUCUCUCAGGGAGGAUCCAUUCAGAACAGGAAAUCAAAGAGAUGCCUGGAGCUCGUAGCGAGCACUGACAAUGAGUUUGGCUACCAACUGGCUCUGCAGAAAUGCACUGGGCAGAAAUGGUUCAUCACAAACGUCCUGUUUAGCAGCUCUUUAUGAUCGACUGCUGAAAGGAAACGCAGCAGUGAAAAGCACACAGGAUGGAUGGAGUCCUUUUGUGUGCACAUGUGUAUGCGUGUGUGUCUGUGUGUUUGUGUGAAAGGAUAAGAAGCAGGAGUCCGCAGACGAGUCAGCGCGGUUUAACAUCUUUUGCAUCUCCACAUGUCCUCUGAUGAGCAGAUGACAUCACUUCAUAAAUGUUAAACAUUUACUUUGCCCUACAGGAUCAGCCAUAGUUGGCAAAUAUUUGCAGAUUUGACAAAGUAGUAUAUUAAGUAUAUUUUGUGGUAAAUCCAGUACAGUCCAGAUUUGGUUGACUUAAAAGAUGUAAGGGUCCAACAUGUUUUUGUACUGAUCAUAUUUGCUACUGUGUAGCAAGCUUUCUGAAUCUGUCUCUGCUGUAAUGAUUUAUUUUAGUGUCUCAGGUUUGUAGGUUUAUUAUGGGGUUCUGCUGUACAGAUGUGGGAAAAUGUUGGAAUAAUUCAAAGAAGGAUUAUUUUAUAAGUGUAAAUAUUUCAAAUAUUUGUAUUAAGUACAGUAAAAUGACUAUUGUAAA